GUGACCGCGGCCCCUCGGCCCAAGAUGGCGGACCUUCACCGCCAGCUGCAGGAGUACCUGGCGCAGGGGAAAGCGGGCGGGCCGGCGGCCGCGGAGCCGCUGCUCGCCGCAGAAAAGGCGCAGGAUCCCGAGGCGGGGAGCGCGCCGGCAGCGGCGUGGCUUGGCCGCGCGGGCCUGCGCUGGACGUGGGCACGGAGCGCCGCGGAGGCAACGGCGCCGGGCCCGGCGUGCCUGCCGAGUGUGACGCGCACACAGCGGCUGGCGGCGAGCGGCGGGUGCCUGUUGCUGGCCGCGCUGUGCUUCGUCCUGGCCGCGCUCCAUGCGCCCGUGCUGCUGCUGCGCGCCCGCAAGUUCGCGCUGCUCUGGUCCCUGGGAUCCGUGCUGGCGCUGGCGGGCGGCACGCUGCUGCGCGGCGGGGCGGCGUGCGGGCGCCUGCUGCGCGGCGAGGAGACGCCCUCGCGCCCCGCUCUGCUCUACGUGGCUGCGCUGGGCGCCACGCUGUACGCGGCGCUAGGCCUGCGCAGUACGUUGCUCACGGCGCUGGGCGCCUUCCUGCAGGUCGUCACGCUGCUGACCGCGCUGCUCACCCUGCUGCCCCGGGGCGCGGGCACCAUGCUGCGCGUAGCGCUCGGGCGCCUGGGCCCGGGCGCCAGCCUCGCCAAGGCGCUGCCAGUGUGAGAAGGUCGAGACGCGCCGACGGGACUGGACGCGGAGCCGGCCACCGAGACGCGCCCGAUGGGAUGGGACGUGGAGCCGGCUACGGGGACGCACCCGACGGGACGGGACAGGACGGGGAGCCGGCGCUGGGGCGAAGCAGUGCACCUGCGGGUUCCCAGGUGUGCGAGACAAAGGCCGUCCCCUUACUCUGCCAGCGAACCUCUACGCUUUGAGCCGCGGUUACAAAACAAGACACGAGCGGUUUUGGGAAGCUGCUCAAUUGCAGCAUUUUGUGUUGCUACCCGGUUGUAUGUGCUGUGAAAACGAGAUUUUGUGGUUGAAUGGGGGAAUAUGCCGAAACAUUUUCGAUAAAUUACUCGUGCAUUAACCGCAGUUUUAAAAUUGAGUUUGCUAGGGAAAAAAAAGAUGGAUCUUCAGUUUUUAUUAGCUGCCCUUGUGACUUUUCUUUUAAUUUUGUCAUUAUAAAAAAAUCCAUUGGUAUAUUGUACCUUAA